AUGGCAUCAUUACCCCCAGCAAAGCGAGAUAUAGCUAUAUCUAAGUCGCUAUCAUACCUAUUACGACAUGGUGCUGUAAAAGAGAAACUAAAUAUUGAUCAAACUGGAUAUAUAAAUAUAAACGAAUUGUUAAACCACAAUCGACUCAAAACCAAUAAAGUUACACUCGAUGAUAUUCGUAGAAUUGUUGGGAAUAACGACAAGAAGAGGUUCUCUAUUGUCGAAAAAGAAGGAGAAAUAAUGAUAUGUGCCAAUCAGGGCCAUUCUAUUAAGACUGUUAAUGAUUCAAAUCUAAUUCAGCUCUCAAAAGACACCAUACCGGAAGAAAUUUAUCACGGCACCUACAAAAAUAAACUACCAGCCAUAUUCAAUAGCGGGGGCUUAAGCAAAAUGAACAGAAACCAUAUCCAUUUUGCUUCAAGUAUAAGCGAUGUAUCUGGUAUUCGAAAUAGUAGUAACGUUCUCAUCUACUUAAAUAUAGAAAAAUGCCUACAAUCUGGCAUUGUCUUCUACAGAAGCUCCAACAACGUCAUUUUAACAUCAGGCGAUGCCAAUGGGCUUAUUGGUCUGGAGUUUUUCGGCAAAGUAGUCGAUGCCAAAAAUGGAACUCCCAUAGAUAUAAAUCAAUAUGCGAAUAUAUAA